AUGUUACGUUCCAUGAUGGGGAGAAAUUUAAUGCCGAUGCUGUCCUUGCCAAUUUUAACCGAUACAAGCAGCACCUAUCCAAGCUUGAAGGAUGUGGUGAAGCUGGACGAUUUAACGUUCCAACUCAUUUUUGACAAUCCGCAACCGACGCUCCCAUACUCGAUGGUUAACUUUGCAAGUCCUAUGUAUAGCCCGAAAAACUUCGAUGCCCAAGGUGAUUUUAACGGAUUACCUCAAGGGACAGGUCCAUUCAAGCUUAUUGAACAUCAGAAGGACCAGUACUCGUUGCUAGAAUCAUAUGACGGUUACUACGGAGAGAAAGCCAAAACGAAACAUAUACGUAUCCGUGUCAUUCCCGAUCCAGAUACUCGUAUGUCUGCUUUAAAAUCCGGUGAAAUUAUGGGCGUUAUGGAUAUUGGAGCUAUCCCUCCCAAUUUAGCUAAAGAGUUAAUAGAGGAUCCGAACUUUGAGCUAUCUACAGCCAAAUCUACAAUAUCCCACUAUAUUCAGGUGAACGGGAAGAAAGCUCCAUUUGACAAUGUCAAGAUGCGACAAGCAAUCAGUUUGGCGAUUGACCGUCAACAGUUGGUUAAGGAGUUGUACCUAGGCUAUCCGACACCUACGGUGAACCUGUUGAACGCUACGUCACCAUUCUAUAAGGAUAUUCCGGUUGAAUACAAUUUGACUGAAGCGAAACGCCUAGCCACAGAAGUGUUAGGAGGAGAGCGGGAAAAGGUCGAUUUGCUCGUACCUACCUAUGGUCUCGAUCGUUAUCCCUAUAAAGCACAGGCGGAGCUGCUGCAGGCGGAAUUAAAGGAGCUUGGUUUGGAUGUAGAGAUUCGGAUUCUAGACAGUGCGGCUUUUAAGGAUGCGCAGACUAAAGGAGACUAUAACUUGGCACUAAGUACCCAAGGUCUGCCAAAUGGGGAUCCCUACACUAUUUUGACCAACUACUUGACCAGUGAAGGGUCCAGUAACAUAACUGUCAUCUCCCCAGGCGACCCAGCGGUAGAAGCGCUAAGCAUGAGCGGGGUUGGUGAGCCAACGCAGGAAGAGAUAAAUGCUAAACGGGCUGAACUCGGUCUCAACGAUCCGUUGCUGGUUCAGUACGGCCGCUGGGUUAUCCAUGCGGUGCAAGGUGACCUCGGAACUUCCUAUAUGACGAAGGAAUCAAUUGCUGAGGCCGUACUUGGCAUGACUUCAUCCAAAGCUAGGCGAAAUAAAGCGGCAGAAUUACUGCGUCAGAUGGAUAUGCCCGAACCAGAUAGGAAGCUGCGUAAAUAUCCCUUUGAGCUGAGAACGAUUUGGUUCAACGGCAAAGACAUUACUGACUUCACUACUGCGCAGAUGCGCGUUUUGAGAACACAGAUGCAGCUUAUUUUCCAACAUCCUGACUCUGCAUUGCAUCCUAGAAUGACCAUACUUCAAAGCUUGAUGGAACCGAUUCUACUACAUCGUCUAAUGAACAAGAAAGAUGGAGAAGAGUAUGUUGUAACUCUGUUGGAGCAAGUUAGUGGUGGUCAAAUACAACGAAUAGCGAUCGCAAGGGCGUUGACGAUGAAUCCCAAACUCCUGGUGCUGGAUGAACCAACAUCUAUGCUGGACGUGUCUGUACAGGCUCAAGUAAUGGAAGUAUUGAAGCAUAUACAAAAGCAGCGAGGCCUCUCAUAUCUUCUGAUCUCUCAUGAUAUGGAGCUUGUACGACAUGCCAGUCAGCAGACUGCGGUCAUGCAGAAUGGCAGUAUUGUGGAGCUGAAUAGCAGCGAAGCGAUUAUGGAACAACCGCAACAUGAAUAUACAAAGCAGCUGGUACAUGCCUUUAGGGCGUAUCUGCUG